CUCUCCUCCAAAAUAUCCAUAUAUCGGGAUCCAUCCCGUUCUCCCUCCUACCCUCGUCACGACAAGGAGCGGCGCACAAUCGCCUAAUUAUCCCCGCCCCCUCCUUCCCUCCCUCCAUCUCUCAGCAAAGAGAGGAAAAAAAAAGAAAAAAAUACAAAAGAAAAAAACAAACAAUGGUCCGAGCGAUGGAGAGCUUCCUCCCAUAACGCCCCUCCCUUCCCCAAUGACCCGUGUCCUCCCCCUGGACUCGGACGACGCCGACGACCACUCCGCGCCACCCAGAUCCCACGCCGGAGGCGGCGUCGCUGGUGCCGGCAGCGGCGGAGGCGGCACAGCGAUGCGCAUCAUCGUUCCCCUCCAGGGAGUCGUCCAGGGGCGCGGCGGCCUCGUCCUUGGCUCCCUCAUUCCCUGCGCCCUCUUCUACUUCCUCCAGCUCUACCUCAAGCGCAAAAACCGCCCCUCCUCCCCCUCCCCCUCCCCUCCCUCCCCUUCUCCGUCCUCUUCCAACCUCUCGGAGCUCUCCACCAUCCCCCGGUCCCUCUCCCGGGGCCUCCUCUCCCCACGCGGCUCCUCCGGCCGCGCCCAGCUGUCUUCCCGGGGCGCCGCCAUCGCCAGGCCUGAUGAUUCCCUCUACUACAUCGGCUACAAGAGGUGCCUCGACGACCCAUACCAUCCCUCCUCGAAUCCUGAUGGCAUCAUGCAGCUCGGUUUGGCCGAGAACCAGCUGUCGCUGGAUCUUGUCCGGGACUGGCUGGCGAGUAAUUUGAAGGAAUCCUUUCCCUGUGACAAGGAAAACGGGGGUUUGAAUAUCAGAGGAUUGGCAACCUAUCAGCCACAUGAUGGACUGAUGGAUUUGAAGAUGGCUAUGGCUGGAUUCAUGGGUCAAGUCAUGCAAGGAUCAGUUUCAUUCAAUUCAUCACAAAUUAUAUUAACAGCAGGUGCCACUCCUGCAAUUGAAACAUUAAGUUUCUGUCUGGCAGAUCCUGGAAAUGCAUUUCUUGUUCCUUCACCAUAUUACCCUGGGUGGGACAGAGAUAUAAAGUGGCGAACUGGGGUAGAGUUAAUUCCUGUUCCAUGCCGAAGCACCGAUAACUUCAACAUAAGUAUUGCUGCUCUUGAUAGAGCAUACAGUCAAGCAAAGAAAAGAGGGGUAAAAGUCCGUGCUGUUCUUGUUUCUAACCCAACUAACCCUGUCGGUAACAUUCUGAGUCGGGAAACAUUGUAUGGCCUUCUUGACUUUGCUACAGAGAAAAACAUUCAUCUGAUUUCUGAUGAAAUAUUUGCUGGGUCAACCCAUGGAAGCAGUAAGUUUGUUAGUAUUGCAGAGGUUCUAGAUGCAGAAGGUUUUGACAGAAGCAGGGUUCAUAUAAUAUAUGGCCUGUCAAAAGACCUUUCUCUUCCAGGCUUUAGAGUGGGAGUCAUUUAUUCCUUCAAUGAACAUGUACUGGCUGCUGCUGCAAAGCUGGCAAGGUUCUCUUCCAUUUCAGCUCCCACUCAAUGCUUGCUUGUCUCAAUGCUUUCGGAUACAAAGUUCAUCUCUGAAUAUCUUGAGAUAAACAGAGAGCGGCUACAAAAAAUGUAUGCACUAUUUGUGGAUGGACUGAAACAGUUAGGCAUUGAGUGCACUAGUGGCAGUGGGGGAUUCUACUGUUGGGCAGACAUGAGCAAGUUUAUUCGAUCAUACAGUGAGAAAGGGGAGCUCAAGCUCUGGGAUAAACUGUUAAAUGUAGCUAGGGUCAAUGUAACACCUGGAUCAUCAUGUCACUGCAUUGAACCUGGAUGGUUUAGAUGUUGCUUUACAACAUUGACAGAGAAAGAUAUUCCUGUAGUCAUGGAAAGGAUUAGGAGAAUCACUGAAAGCCAUUGAAGUUCAAUGUUGAAAAGACAGGUAAAUUAACCAUCUUCAAGUUACAUUAUUGGGUAUCUGAUAGGUGUGUGGUUUAUUGCUUCAAUAAGUUAAGCUGCAAAAACUGGGAAAGUAGACUAUCUUUUCGUUGGAGCUUGACAAGGAAUGCGUUCUAUGUUAUGUGUAAGGAAUGAAAUUAUUGCCUUUAAUAAAAAAACUCCUUGUCUGUAACAUCAUUUUGUAGAAGUUUUAUCUUCAGGUUGUGGAGAGAUGUUAAUGUCAAGGUGCUUUUCAAGGGACACUUUUGAGAACCUUGAAGUCAUGCCUGCCAAUCCCAAUUUUAGCUGCUGCAGCUAAGUGGAUGGUAUUUCUGCAUUUGUUCGUGUCCUGUUUCUAAUGGUUCAGCCUCAGUUGUAAUAGGUUAGAAAAUAUUCAAAGUUACAUGAGCAUCCUCUCCUUGCUUCUAGGGCAAAGCAACAGAUUCAAAAAUUUGCAGGUAUGUUAUAGGAACCUUGAUAUUCAUUGGAAUGUAAAAUAUUUUUUUGAUCUCCCUA